UGCUGCAUCGUCGCUCCUCUGCGCCGGGCCCUCUUCCUCUCUUGAAUGUGUUUCUUAUCUGCCCGGGGCUGAGGUCACUCUCCGUGUCGGCAGGAGCCUGCGCUCGAUCCUUUCCUUCCUGGGGAGAAAAGGCAGGGAUUGUGCAGAGGCAGCGGGGGUCGCCCGUGGCUCCUUUGCGCGGCACAGUCAAGAAUCCGUCGGGAUUCGAGGGGCCCGACCCGCAGGACACGUGGAACCUCUCUGCACCCGGCAGGGCUGGGGACAGCGGGAAAGAGGGGGGGGCCUUUGAAACCAGAGACGGCUUUGGGUGACCCGAGAACACAGGUAGAGGCACCGGAGACGGAGGGACGGCAGGCGGCCAGCGUGCUUUGAAGGCACGUAGAGGUCACCCCGGAGCGGCCGGCCCCUUUGCGGCUGGGGCCCGGGCACCAGGACCGUCCCCGCUGGGGCCCUUCCCGAGGCUCUCCUGCCGCACCCAAUACCUGGAUCAGACAAAGAAAAUCGUGUCUGCCAGGCUCCCCAGCUGAAGUCACAAGAUUCCGAGUAUCAUGCGGCACCCUGGAAUUCCUACAAACACCCAUCAGGAGGGGUGCGCCGCCCGCCACUCGGACACGGCCGGGCACCCGACUUUUCAGAUAAGAGCAUUCAGUACGGGCUUGAGAAACCAUGUGAUGGUCAUGGAUUUCGUGAAGAGUAACUGGUUCCCCGCCCAGAGAAGAGCCCAAGUCUGCAUCAUCCAGAUGUACCAAGGCCUGGAGACGGCCGAGUGGGCGGCCGGCAGAUAUGAGAUCCACAGUCGGCUCUUCUCGUCCCCCAAAGAUCAUUCCGCUUGGGAAAGAAACGAAGGUCUUUCACACGCAGGAUUACGGGACAACCGGUACACUACAAAUGAUCGAAUCACCCUUAAAAAUCUUCAGUCUGAUGUUACAGAGAAGAAAUCUGACUUCACCGAGGAGACUCUGGCAUCGCAAAACACAAAAAUGAUUUCAUCCAUAGUCAUUUCACAGCUGAUUGAUGAGAAUAAAUCAAAGGCAACCCGGGCUGCGCUGCAGGUGCCCUGCGCUCCCGCCCCGCGCGCGCAUCCGCAGGCCUCCGUGGGCCUCCCUCCCGGGGAGCCUGGGCCCCCAAGGGGCUUCGCAUCCAUCACCAUCACGGCCCGGCGCGUGGGCCCCCCAGCCGGCAGCCUGGCAUGGGAGGCCCAGGGCGCUCUGCUCGCGGAGCCCUGUGCACCCGCCGCGCCCCGUGGGCACCAGGGACCGUGCACCUGCGCGGAGCUCUCCAGAACCUGCUCUGUGAUGCGCCUGAAGGUGCCCGAGACGCAGCCCCGGCUGUGCGAGGCCCACGGGUACUGGGUCACCAACCUGGAGGACAACCAGGAGGACGCCUUUCCUCCCGGCGCCCCGCAGGCGGGGAAGGGGCCGCUGGUGUUCAGCUCCUGCGUGCACCUCAGGGUGUCCCAGCAGUGCCCGAGCUCCGGCGGCUACCUAGAUGGGGCCCUCCCCGGCCCGGCUCAGCAGCCUCAACGUGCAGGCCCCAAAAUGCACAGGUCGGUCCUGUCGCUCCACCUGAGCUGCAGUUCCCACAGAUUGACGCCAGAUGGAGCAGAUGGCCCAGCUAACGGGGCGCCCCUCUGCAGCGCCUUGAAGCAGGAGCUCACCCAGAGGAGCCCAGACCUGCCAGGCCGCCACUGGAACCCAGGUUUGCAAGAAAGUUUCUUGAAGGAAAACCCAGCGUUGGAGCAGGUGCAUCUGGGGCCCUCCGCCUGCCCUUGCAGUGGCUCACGUCGGGUAGAAGAUCGAGCAUUCUCGGACGUGGGAGUUAAUCAGGUCACUGUAAGCAAAGGGAGAGAGGACUACCCAGACUGUGGCCCGGGGCGUGGUGCCAGCCAGCUGGCCAUUCACAUUCCCGGCUGGAGUUACGCGACAGGGGAUUACAAGUGCUGUGACUUGGUUGUGAAAAUAAAAGAAUGCAGGAAGAGUGAGGAGCCUGAGCCAGCACCCCCCGAACCAGCUCCCCCCAAACCAGCGACCCCUGAGCCACCAGAGACCCCUGAUCUGUCUGAAGACCAUUCUGAGGGUCAGCGAACACCUGUAGGCUCCUUGACCCUGCAGGAAGCACUGGAAACCCGUAAACCCCAGUUCAUUUCUCGCUCCCAAGAGCGGCUGAAGAAGCUAGAACAUAUGGUACAGCAGAGAAAAGCCCAGCGGAAGGAGAACCUGGGGCAGAAGCAGACCCUCUUUCCCGUCCGCACCAACAAGAAGCAGUUCACGGUUCCCCACCCCCUUAGUGAUAACUUGUUCAAACCCAAAGAAAGGUACAUUUCAGAGAAGGAGAUGCACAUGCGAUCUAAAAGAAUCUAUAAUAACUUGCCGGAAGUUAAAAAGAAAAAAGAGGAACAAAAGAAGAGAGUGAUCUUACAGAGUAACCGACUCCGCGCUGAGGUCUUCAAAAAGCAAUUACUGGACCAGCUCCUUCAAAGGAACGCGGUCUAACCACAGGCUGCCCUGCUGACCCGCUACCUGGCCCUGGGAUGACUUCAAACGCUGGAUCAAGCAUUAAACUUAGCAUUAUCUUCAUGAUAUGAAACACUUACUUUUCUUUUUUUUUUUUCCAUAAAGAAAAACAUAGCUUCCUGAAUUGCUUACCCAAACUGCACAGAAACAGUAACCCUUGAGGGAGCGGGUCGGCAGGCCAUCAAGGGGUGACCCACGUGAUGUGAACCGGUAGGAACAGGCUCCUCAUUUUUCCAAUUUGGAAUUGACCUUUGGCUUCUGAUGUUUGCCCCCACCAUUCCCACCGAGGCAGAAAGGCCUUACAUGGUUCCACGGGCCUAGAUCCCAGGGGGUUAUUCUUGUUCAUCGGAUUGUUGGUACCCGCAUCUAUCCCUUUUUCAGUAUCAGUCCCAAUUUUUGCCAGUUCAGCCAACUCCAGACUUUGGGUCAGCACCCAGAAUGUUUAAAAACUCCCUGGAUGUGUGGGCCGCGUGCUGCUGGAAGCUGACCGUGGAUGCAAGCAGGUGCUCCAUCCGGGACUCGGGAACGUGCAUUCUGUUUGUCUGUGACCCCGGGGUGGGCAGGGCCGUCCUCACUACCCCACCCCACUCUGCUUCUCUUCAUUGAUAGAAAGUCUGUAUCCACAGGAGCUAGGGGAGCAGAAUCGGUGGGAGAAAAAUUAUAGGUAACUUCAGUGUUUCCUGCAAAGCCCCCUCUUACCAAAACAAAAGCUGUGUUGCUAAAGGUGGCCUGAGGGCCCCGGCUCUGCCAUUUGUUCUUCCAACGUUGACGAUGUUCAUUAUUUAUACAUGUGUGUUUGGGGAGUUAAGAACUAACUAGUUUUUAUCAAAAAUGGAAAUAAAUGCGGUUAUUACAAAAAUGA